AUGUAUAACGCCGACAAGGAUGUCGCUGCGGAAGUUGAAAAACAUAUUCCAGGUACUGGCAAAAAUGAUAUACAGAUAAAUGGUAGAGAUGGCCUCAUGAAUGCUUUUAAAGGCGCCUACGAUGGUCUCAGCGGUAAGCUAGGAAAGUCAGCCUUUGAAAGUGAUGUAUACGGAAAACUUAAUGCCGCCAUUGGCGACGAUCAUACAACCAACAGCGUCAGUUUAAAGGCUGGAGUUUUUCUAAAUUAUGAACGCCAAAUUACUCAAUCCAGCCUUUCGGGUCCACUCGAUAAGCUGGGAGGCACACUGCCCCGGAAAAUUAGGGAUAUUGAAACAAAAGUAACAGGAGCGUUGAAUAACAAUGGUACCGAAUUUAUUACUGCAACUGUACUCUCCGAUGCCCUUCUAGCGGUGUACACUCGACUCAGCGAAUUUACCGGCGCCGUUAAGGAUUUGGUCGAGAAGAGCGAUGGGGGAAAAAACAAUAGUCUUAGUUACCAUUUGGCAAAACUCGGAGCCAUGGUUGGUGACGAUAAUGGUAUAUACCCUGACGAAGUGGAUAAACUGACCGAUAUAUAUAGUAACCUUGAAGCGCUACAGAAAAGAGUUUCACAAGUCACGUCAAACACCAAUGCACGAUAUAUGAAUAGCAUAAUCAACGAUUUAGAAUCACUUCCAAAAAAAGUCGACAAUGCUAGGCAGAAUGCUUUACAGAAGAUGGAGGUCUUGAGAAGUAAGAUUAAAACAAAAGUAAGAGCCAUUAGUGAAGCUGUAGAACUUGCUGACGGCGCUCUACAAGAUGCCAUAAAAGCUUUACGAGAAACUUCAAAAACUGCCAAAACGUCGCUUGUUAAAGCUGUCUCAGAACUCAAAACAACCCUCCUCACUAAAGCCGAAUCUGCCUUUACCGUCGUCACUACCCAUGUGAGAAAAAUGUAUGCCAUCCAACACAAAUCGGACUUAGAAGCCCUCAGAUCCCUCGUCUCCACUCAAAUUUCCGCCAUCGAUCACAUCAUCGACGAGGACAGAGCCAGCGGUAUCAAGUGCCUGCUCUGGUACAUGAAUCAAAAUCACAAAACACUUACGGAACUUACGGGCGUACAAGAGUCAAAAUGGACAGCAGAUAAAAUUAGACAUUACUUACAUCCCCUCUUUACCUACAUCACCUCCCAACUCACCCCCACCCCCUCCUCCCAACUGGUCGCCGGCCUCCAAGCCCGCACCCACGCCCUCCUGUCCCACCUCCACGACAACAAACGCACCUUCACCUUUGACUCCGGUUUCCGCUCCCUCCUCCACGACCUGACCUCCACCCUGUCCUCGUUCGACCCCGCUACCUUCGCGAACCCGCACCACCCGCAACUCCUGGAUGCGCUGAAGGCAGGGAUGCAAGGGCUGGUAAAGGAGAUGGAAAAGGCGUAUGUUAAUAGGUAUUGUGGUAGUAAGGGAAUUACUUGGGAGGAGGUAAAGGGCGGCAAACAGGAGACAGCCGCCGACGCUACGCGCUGCGCCAAGGUGUUUAUGAGCUGCCUGCCGAUGUGGGUGGAGGACCUCGGGGAGUUGAAGAGGAGGUGCGAGGGUAGUUGGAGCAAGAAAGCUAUACAUCUUAAAGAUGAAAUUGAUAAAGAAAACCCUCUUGGUGAGUUCCUCAAGCAGUGCGGUUACAUUGUUCCUACCAGUCAGAAGUCGCAUCAGGACGGGGAGCUGCAGUGCAGACAUACGUUCACUGGCAAACAUAUCGAUGGAAUUCUCGGUAAGAUCAUACAAAUGUCGAAUCUAGAACACGUUCCGCAGUGUAGAUCACGGGAGAAAGAAUGGAACUUUAAUAUCAUGGAUUUCAUAGCAUGCCUCUACAGUCACCUCGACGAGUAUAACGAAGUAUGUCAUCUAUCAACGUUAUUCUCCAAAAGGCAUCCGUGCAGUAUAUACGAAAUACUCUGCUGGUUCUCAGGGCUCCCUCAUAGUACCGUAUAUUCAGCGUUACCUGGCGGCAUCACCAAGCUGCUUGAUAAACCUAAGAAGCAAGCCAUAGAUAGCGGUGACUCGGGAAUUGAAAUUGAGUUCGAUGAUGAAAACGCGUACUACCUGGAUGCGCAUCCACAUAAGUUCACAUAUAAAGAUAUCUAUGCUGUGAUUGAACUAAUUUGCUCCAAAUCAUACGACGUGUUGGCUAGAAUCGCCGGCACAGGUGAUGAGCACACCAGGUACGCCUGCGAAUACGCAAACAAUUCCCUCAAGCUGCAUUACCCUAAGACGGCGGACGACUGCUUGCCAAUGUUAGUCGACAUGCUUCGUAGAUUGCUCUCCGUGUUCCGAUUCCUCGAAUCCAAGUGUAGUUAUUCGGCCAUGGAGUUCGGUUGGGCGGACUGCCAGUACGGUAAAAAUGUGCCUACGACCAAAUCGCAUUGUAACGACAGAUCAACGGAGGAAGUAACGUGCCAGGCAAAGUGUCAACCAAAGUGCCGACCAAACAGUCAACCAAACAGUCAACCAAAUUGCCAGCCAACCUCUCCGUUGAUGAGUUACUUAAAUGACUGUUUGCCGGGUCACUUGCCUCAUCAGCUCACGAAUGUCGGUUGUAAAUCCGAAUGCAAAACGUGCCCCGGUAAUAAGCCUGGAAUGCCAUGCUUAACGCCCCUUGGAUUCAGAGGCUUUUCUGGGUCAAUUAAAACGGGUGAACAAUUAUGCCGCAUUAUUAAAGAGAUAUUAGGCAACGGUAUUAUUGCGUGUCUAUUCACCCUCGCACCCAGGCCUCCAACUAACUUGCCGGAGCACUUCCAGUUUGCAGUGUCACUUGCCAAGGGACUUAGUGCUUCAAAGCAGAGUAAGGUUGACGGCAUUAAAACAUUGGCAGACACCAUCGCAAAUUCUAUUAACGCUAGCUCCAUCAAGCUGUAUGAAAAUACGGAUGAGUUGACAACACCGAUGUGUAAAGCCUAUGGCAAUACACCAACCGAGCAUCGCAGCCCGAAUCGUACCAACAAUAAACUUAAUCUGUCGUGCAUUUCACUGACCAAUUCCUGCAUCACUCAGGAGCACUGCGUCCCGUACCUAUCCCCCCUAAGCUGCGACACUUAUCAUUACCUUGUCAACAAGCAAUCUAACUCGUACCUGUCAUGGGCAGUUUACUUGCCGUGGACAUUCCAUAAAUAUCUUGCAAGUCUCCUCGACGCGUUUAAGGCUAUAAGAUGUGAAGACUGGGGAUGCAGGAACUGCUUGCAUACCGAUAUAUGCAAGGGAGAGAGUCAUGGUAUGCUUAAUCCGGCGGAGAAAGGAACGGGUUGCCAAUGUACUUCCGUUGUGCAUUGCAACGGCGUAUCGCCAACGUUAUACCAAUACGGUUUCACAUUCAGGGAUGCGCAGAAUUUGAUAUCGUUAAAAAGAAACUGCUUCAACAUGCGAAGUCACCUGUACAAUGUUGUUAACUCCGACUAUUUCACUGACCUAUUUAAGCAAUGCGACAUGUUACUGUGGAGAAUCCGCGAACCCUUCUCCUACCUUGUCCUCGCUCUCUGGCUCCUCUCUGUCCUGUACCUCCUCCACAUCAUGGUCAUCCGCCUCGACCUGCUCCACAUCAAAUCGCAUCUACAUAGUCCCUCGAGUCAUCGUAUAGCCGCUCAAUCACUACUCGCCGCAGCACGUGUUAACAAACUGGGCAAAGUGUUUUAUCUGCAACCAUAA